AUGGAAAAGACAUCGCACAAUUGGAAUUUGCAUGGGAAAGAUGCCAAACAAAAUUCUGAAUUAUUUAAAACUCAGAGAAUGUUUCUAGUGAAGAAACUCUAUGAGUGUAAUGAAUGUGGGAAAGCUUUCAGCCAGAGUUCAUCACUGUUUAAGCACCAGAGAAUUCAUACUGGUGAGAAACCACAUAAGUGUAAUGUGUGUGGAAAGCACUUCAUUGAACAUUCCUUCCUUACUGUAUAUCAAAGUAUUCAUACUGGGUAGAAACCCUACAAGUGUAAUGGAUGUGGAAAAGGCUUCAGUCAGAGCAUGAACUUUACUGUUCAUCAAAGAACUCAUACUGGAGAGAAACCCUAUCAGUGUACAGAAUGUGGAAAAACCUUCCAUAAGAAUUCAUCCCUAAUUCAACAUGAAAGGAUUCAUACUGGAGAGAAGCCUUACAAAUGUAACGAAUGUGGGAGCUUCACCCAAAGUAUGAAUCUUACAGUGCAUCAGAGAACUCAUACAGGAGAAAAGCCCUAUGAAUGUAAUGAAUGUGGAAAAGCCUUCAGUCAAAGCAUGCAUCUUAUUGUACAUCAGAGAAGUCAUACUGGAGAGAAACCCUGUGAGUGUAGUGAAUGUGGAAAAGCCUUUAGUAAGAGCUCAACUCUUACCUUGCAUCAGUGAAAUCACACUGGAGAGAAGCCCUACAAAUGUAACAAAUGUGGGAAAUCCUUUAGCCAAAGUACCUACCUUAUAGAACAUCAGACACUUCAUUCUGGGUUAAAACUUGAAUGUAACCAGUGUGGAAAAGCUUUCAGUAAGAAUUCAUCUCUUAUUCAACAUCGUAGAAUUCACACUGGAGAGAAACCUUAUGAGUGUAUGGUAUGUGGGAAAUAUUUCACUGGUCGAUCAUCCUUAACUGUACAUCAGGUUGUUCAUACUGGAGAGAAACCUUAUGAAUGCAAUAUAUGUGGAAAAGCCUUCAACCAGAGUGCAUAUCUUAUUGAGCAUCAAAGAAUUCAUUCUGGUGAGAAACCCUAUGAAUGUGAUCAGUGUGGAAAAGCCUUCAUUAAAAAUUCAUCCCUAAUAGUGCAUCAGAGAACUCAUACAGAAGAGAAACCCUAUCAGUGUAAUGAAUGUGAAAAAGCUUUCAGUCAGAGUACUGAACCUUACAUGACAUCAAAGAACUCAUACAUGAGAAAACUGUGCCUUUGGAAUGAAUUUGAAAAACCUUCACCAUGA